UUCUGCAACAGGCGUGGGUCACGCUCUCGCUCGCUCUCUUUCUGCCGCCAUCUUGGUUCCGCGUCCCCCGCACAAAAUGCCUGGUGAAGCCACAGAAACCGUCCCUGCUACAGAGCAGGAGUUGCCACAGCCCCAGGCUGAGACAGCUGUGCUUCCUGUGUCUUCAGCCUUGAGUGUCACUGCUGCCUUAAGGCAGCCUGAAUCUACCCUACCCUCUCCUUGCUCCCUGGCCCCCCAACAGUGCCCUCUGGCAACCCCUAACCAGGCUUCCCCAUUCCUUCCUCCCUCUAGUGUUGUCUCAACCCCUUUUGAAGCUCCUUUUCCACAAUCAUCCUCUGGAACAAUCCUUCCUUUGGGAGUUGCCCCUUCCCCCACUGACACCCCAGUUUUCCUACCAAACCUAAUAGGGCCUCCCAUCUCCCCAGCUGCCUUAGCUCUGGCCUCUCCCAUGAUAACUCCAGCUGUGAAAGAUGCCCAUUCCUCUUCAGCUCCCUUGGCUCUGGUGGCCUUGGCUCCCCACUCAGUUCAAAAGAGCUCUACUUAUCCACUUAACCCUCUUAAUUCACCUCCUUUGAUUGCUGGGGCUGAGUCAGGGUCAGUAACAUCUCUGUCAACUCCCAUUGUUUCCUCAGAACCAAAGACCUCUUCUAUUCAAAUUCCCAUGCAAGUAGGCCCUAAUCUAAAAGGCACCCCUAUCCCUCCAGGUAUAGUCAGUGCUGUUCCUUCCCAUCUUGGAACUCCCUUGGCCUCUGUUCAGUCUGGAGCAGCCGCAUGUCCUCAAAUGCCACCCACCACUACCCCAGCCGUCACUCCCCCUCAGUUCAAAGGCAUCCCUGUUUCCUCAGCUCUGACUUCUCCACAAAACCCUGAAAGCCUCAGCGUAAAGGGACCCCUUAAUUCACCUGCUACAUUACCUCUUUCAACCCAGUCUAUAUCUGUGGCUCCCAGCGUCACUCCAGUUUUCCUCACUUCUCUGGGCUCUCAUCUAGCACCUUUACAUCAGGGUUCUCUUGAUUCUCCUGUUCGACCCUUAGGUCAAACAGGUCCUAAUGUUCUGUCAAAUCCUAAAGUGGAUGCCAUUUCUGCAGCUCAUUCUCCCAUUGGGGCCUCUUACCCUUCUCAGAGAUCUGUAAUUUCUCCACUUCCUUCCAGAAAUGAGGUGGCUUCUACUUCGGAGGCUCCAGCUUCCCCUCUGGCUCUUUCUAUUGAGAAAGAACCCCCUGCUGUCACUGGUAUAGCUUCCUUCAGUCCUUCUGGCUCAUCAGACUUAGCCACCUCUUCUCCAUUAUCUCCUACAGCCUGUCUCAUUCUGAAAGGCUCUCCUAAUGCCACUCCUCAUCAGCCUUUGGUGACCCAAAUUCCUCCUCCUCCAGGGAGUCCGAGCUUGAAAGAAGCUCCUCUUUCUUCUGUUGGAACUAUCCCAUUCGUUAUGACUAAUCCCUCCACAAUUUCUGCAACACCUACUACCCUUGAGGUAGCUACUUGCAUGUCUCCUCCAGUUUCAUCAGAUCCCAUAAGUAAUAAGGACUCAGCUUCCCGCACUGCCUCGGUUAUGGCUCCUGGGGCUCCCAAAGAGCUUUCUACUCCUCAAGUAACCCCUCUGGGAAUACCAGUCCCCCCUCCUCUCUCAUUCUCUGAGAACCCCAAAGGUCUCCCUACAUCAGCAUUGGUAAAGUUACCAAAACAAGGAAAUAUCCAAACUGAACUUCCCUCUCUUGGAGCCCCUGUGUCACGAGAACAGGCAGGACUCCCUACCAAGAAAGACUCGACUCUAAUACCAUUAGUACUGGCAACCCCCAAAAAUCCCCCCUCUCCCCAAACUAUAUCAUCAUCUCUGGAGAUAGCUCUUCCUCCUGAAGCCUCCUUAGCAAAGAAAAGCCUUGUAGAGCCUCUCCCUGUAGUUACGUCAGCAAGUACUGCUCCCUCUCCUCUGGGUGUUAACUCCCCAGCCUCUAUAAUCAAGACAGACCCCAGUAGUCUGCCUCUCAAAAGUUCUCUCACCACCCCAAGCAUAGCUACAUUUCCUCUGGAACGUGUUGCUACUGCGGAAGUGGCUCCUGCAGUUACCAAAGGUACCUCCACUACAGCCAGUCCUUUUCUAGAUAUCUCUUUAUCUCAUAAAAGCCAUCCAGGUAAGAAGGGUAGUUCCACUCUUACUUUACCUGUGGUUCCUCCAGUCUCUGAAAGUUGUCCUGUGGCUCCAGCUGUGACUUUAUCCCCCCAGAAUGUUUCUGCUUUUCCAGCUGCCAUAGCACUAGCCCCAGAAAUUCCCAAGUCUGAGCCCUUUCCCUCUCUUCAUCCUCAAGGUGCAAAGAAAGUUCACGGUAUUUCUCAUACCUCAGCAUUGGCACCUGUGGCUUCCUCUCCUGAAGGGCACCCAACCAAGGACUCUGGUGCUUGUGCUUCUGUUAAUGCAUCUUCAAAAGGAACUUACUUAGCUGACUCUCCAUCUCCUUUAGGGACUAGUGUGUCUCCUCAAACUAAAAGACGUCCAACCAAGAAGGGUUCAGCUCCUUCUACUACCUUAACCCUUUCUCCUCUUUCGAAAAGUGUUCCUGCUAUCCCUGAUACUCCUGCUGGAAAUCACUCCUCCCCUAUUUCUCCAGUUGAAGCGUCCUUUCUUCCAGAGGCCAAUCUUUCUUUUCAAGUCCCUAAAGGGUCACUGGCCAAGAAGCAUUCCCCCACUCUUUCCCCCAAAGAGACCCCAGGUACCCCACCUCCCAAAGAGGCCUUCACUCCCCCAGCUAUAGUUACUUCCUCCCCCAGAGGAGCCCCAGCAACUUCAUCCUCCAAAAAGUCACAAGCAGCUCCAGCCCCCAAAAGAGCCCCAGCUACUCCAUCUCCCAAAGGGACCCCCACUGCCUCAGCUGUGGCUCCUUCAUCCCCCAAAGGGGACCCAGCAGUGACUCCUUCCUCCCCCAGAGGG